AUGCGCCUGUCACAGCAGUGCCACGUAAACCCUCGCGGCACUCUGGCCAAUCGGCUAACCGCAGGAGGAUACUGGACCAAAUCAAACGGUAUCCACGGCAACAGGGCUGAAGCGGACAUAGCACCCGGGAGCCAACCAAUCCUCUCGUCCGCUCCUCUGCAGGUGCUGUUCUACCUGAACAGCUGGUACUUUGCUGCCUUCUACCUGGCCGAGGUCCUCAUGUUCAUCUAUAAAGGAGUUUUGUUGCCAUACCCGUCAGAUAACCUGGUUCUGGACGUCGUGCUGCUGCUGCUUUUCCUCGCUCUCGAGAUUCUGCGGAUCUUUAACGGCUGGAAGGGAAACCUGUGUGAGCGCUCUCUGGCUUCCUGCGUGUUGCUCUUUGUCCUGCUUCCCUGCACCGCGCUCGCCGUGUACUACCUUCUGCUGCAGACCUUCGUCCUGCGCCUCGAGUUCCUGCUCAAUGCUGUGCUGCUCUGCUUCUACGGUCUCGAGUUCCUGCUGGGGCUCAUCUCCAUAUCCGCCUUCUCCAGGUGACGGCGUCCUCGUGUGGGCUUUUUGGAUCGGUACCGAUGGCCACCAGGAUCAGGGUCUGGAUGAUGGACCACCAGAGGACCAGCUGGUUGGUGCUCUUGCUGGUCUGAUGGAAAUGCUCCGCACGGUACUGAGGGAAAAAC